GGGUGGGCGAGCGAGAUGGCGGCCGGGCGGGCGGGCCGCGGCGGCCCCGCGGCACCGCCUCCCUCUUGUCAUCCGCAGGCGUCCCUGCAGCGGGGCGCGGGGCUGGCGGCGGCCGCGGCGGAGGCGGAGGAGCGUGGCGGGCGGCGGCGAGCUGCCAGGCUGCGGGCCGCGCUGGAGGGCGAGCGGCGGCUGGAGGAGGCCGCGCUGCGGGCAGAAGAGAGCAGAAAACAGAGAGCGCUGCAGCUGGAGCAAGAAGAAAGGCUGGCGGCUGAGCUGGCGAGGCUGAACCGGGAGAAACUUAAAGAUGAAAAGAUGAGGCAACAAGUGAGAGAGAACAGUCUUGAACUUCGAGAGUUAGAAAAAAAGCUAAAAUCCGCUUAUUUGAAUAAAGAGCGAGCUGCACAGAUUGCUGAAAAAGAAGCUAUACAGUAUGAGAAAAUGAAAUGUGAGCGUGAAAUAGCCCAAAAGAUGAAGGAAGAGUACGAAAGGGUAAUAAAAGAAGAAAGUUCUGCAGAACUGAGGCGAAACAAGGAGAAAAUAAUGUACCAGCAAGAAUUGGAGAAACAGCUUGAAGAACAAGAGAGGAAGAAGCAGGAUGCUUAUGAAGAGUUUCUAAAAGAGAAACUCAUGAUUGAUGAAAUUGUAAGAAAGAUCUAUGAGGAAGAUGAAAUGGAAAAACAACUGAAGUUAGAUAAAAUGAGAGCAACUCAGACAUAUAUUGAAGAAUUUAAAAAAGAACAAGCUAUCUGGAGGAGAAGGAAACAGGAAGAGAUGGAAGAAGAACAUAAGAAAAUUAUGGAGUUUGCCAACAUUCAGCGACAAAGAGAAGAAGAUUGGAUGGCUAAAGUUCAAGACGCUGAGGAGAAAAAACAAAGACUUCAAAGCAUGAUUGCCCAGAAUCUGGAAAGAGAACAACAGAAGCGUGAAGAACUGGAACAAAGCCGCCAAGAGCUGUAUCUGGAAGAACAAGCAGAGUCAGAAAGGAAGAAGGAGAUGGCAGAAAUUGAAAAAAGAAUAAAGCAACGCCUAGACUUAAGGCAAACAUAUGAAGAGCAAUUUGCUUUAAAGAAGGUAGUGCGACAGGCUAUGCAAGAAGAGGAAGAAGCCUUCAGACAACAGAUGUUGGCCAAGUUUGCAGAGGAUGAUCGCAUUGAACAGAUGAAUGCUCAGAAACAAAGAAUGAAACAGCUUGAACACAGAAGGGCUGUGGAAAAACUUAUUGAAGACCGUCACAAACAGUUUAUUGCAGAUAAAGAGCAUGAACUUGAAGAAAGACAGUUAGAGGAGAGAAGGCAAGAAAACAUCUGUGCAAUUGUUGAAGAAGAGAGACAGAAACUCUUGAAAGAGCAUGCAUCCAAAUUAUUGGGUUAUCUUCCUCGAGGAAUACUCAAAGACGAAGAUGACAUUAACAUGCUUGGAGAGGAAUUUAGAUUGGCUUAUCAGAAGAGAAGAGGUAAUGCAUUUUCAGAAAAGAGCUGAAAUUUCCCCCAUCUCAUCUCCUGGUUUGCCACUAGGUGUCAUCUGAUUUCUAAUGAAAAUUUCCAUUUGCUGUGAGCAGUGAGGAACUCCUUUUUCAUAUCAUAAAAAGUCUCCAUUUUAAGACUGGAGUUCUAAACUGCUAAGCAGUUAGUUUUAUUUAAGUGUAUGUUGUACUUGCAUUUUUCCUCAAUAAACUGUUACGGACUUCUCAAUUAUUCUCAGUUAGUGAUGUAGCAAUGUUAAAAAUUUCUCUAGCAACUCUGCAGAAACCUAAGCUAGCGUAAAUUCACAUGUGUAUUUCAGUAUGGACUAUAAGAUUCUCUUAAUGCACUAUUUCUGGUUGUAAUUUAAAGAUGUACCUGCACUGGCAUUACACUAUUAAAAUACUAAUCUAAA